GCCUGCUAUGGAGGCUAUACACAGACCCCUACAAAAACAAUACCCUGGUCUGCCGGAGGUGAAUCUCCUGCAAGGACGUAACAACGACCCCAUGCCUGGCGGCUAGGUCGCCAUGGUAACAAGAUUAGCCAAACAUGGCGAUGGGUUUGACGACGCCCAUAGGCUAAGGCUUGUUUCUGCACGGACGGGCAUUUAACGUUGAUAUUCUGGUUGAACAGCCUAUCUACCAAUGUGCCUGUAGAUACACACGACUUGUUUGGCAAGGAAGAAAGACACUUGAUUCUAGAAGAAUCCUACAACUAGCUUGUGUCCAGUCGUUACCUGUUAACAAGGCGGUUGCACAUUUGUCGGUGUUGAGGUAUUGUCCCUAUCGGUGCGAGGUGAAGAUUUUGUAAGCGAGGGGUUGCAACUAUCAGUGGCGUUGGUCUACGUUAAUAUACAUUGCUGUGACGUCAUCAAGAGCAACGACCGUCAGAAUGGCUACGAGUACUUUUCGCGACAUUCACGACGAAUUUCUGGUGUGUAAAGUUUGCUUGGGUGAGUUCCAACAGCCUAAGAUGCUGCCGUGUCUUCACACAUUCUGCCAGGCGUGUUUGGAGAGAAUCUUGGAACAAAGACCAGCCUUAAGCCUGUCUUGUCCGAUCUGUAGACAGAGAGUGCCCCUCCCACAAAAUGGCGUCCAAGGUCUCAAGAACAACUUCGUCGUUGUAAAACUGCGUGAUCUCGUCCAAAGCCCGUCAAAAGGUAGGAGUGAGUACACGGUAAGGGAAGAUGACUCCGUCCCAUGCACCGCUUGUGAUUCGGGUACGUAUCUUGCGCGGUGUUACUGCGUUCAGUGUAAGGAUUACCUAUGUCACGUAUGCACAGACGCUCAUCGACGUGUGAAGACAGCACGCUCGCAUAAAGUAGUACCGAUCCACGAGCUCAGAUCGGCCGCAAUCGCCUCCGAACUCCGAGCAAUCGAAACCUCGAAGUGCGAGAGUCACAACGAAGUCAACAAGUUCUACUGCGACACCUGUCGACUCGUCAUAUGUUUGCACUGCAUCGUGACGCAACACAAAGACCACAGGUAUGUGGAGAUACAGAAAGCGGCGGACAGGGAACGGGCACACAUCGAGGAAAAACUGUCCCAAGUUGUAAAAGCCGUAGACACGCACGAAAAGAAGCUUACAGAGUUGAUGUCAGUGAAAGACUCUUUGUCCACCCAGCUUCAAGAGACUCUAGAAGAGAUAGAUACACGCACACGGACAAUCGUGCAAGCAGCAAUGAAAGUCAAAGACGCUCAAAUCUCACAACUUCUUGCCGUACAGUCUAGCCGGGAAGACUAUGUAGAAGCCCUUAUAGAAGCAACAGAGAUGGACCUUGCUUUAGCUAAGAGUUAUACACAGUUUACUACCAACGUUCUAGGUUAUGGUAGCCCAGCAGAGGUGUGUUCCGUAGCAGGGGACUUGAAAGGAUGGUUAGUGCAGAGUACGGAUCAACAGGUCCCGUCGGAAGCCGAACUGACCAAUCACUUCGCGAAGUUCCGGUACGAUCUACCAAUCAACAUCGAGCAGGAAGUGACGAAACUCGUGGACGGAAGUAGACAGUGGCCGAUGAUUUCUCCCUCGCAGCCGAAGGUUCGGUUUAAACAAGCAACCAGUGACCAGAAAAGCGCGCAAAUUGCAACAGGUAAAGGAAUGAAAGGACAGAAAACAGAUAUUGGUGAUGUACAACAAAAAGGUAGCAAAGUUGUCCGUGGAUAUCAGCAAAGGAACACGCAAGUCUCGCAACUAUCGCAAGUUCGGCCUACCCAAUCUCUAAGAGGACCACAUCUUCUUCAAGCAGUUGGAAAGAACGGAGACGGAGACGGGGAGUUUGACUUCCCUACGUCCCUCUCGGCCACCGUAGACAGGGACAUCAUUGUGGCUGAUCACGACAACAACCGUCUGCAGAUCCUAGACAAAGAUGGCGUCUUCAGAAGGAAGAUAGACUUAAGAUUUUCUCCUUGGUGCGUAGCGGCUUUAACAAACGGUGACAUGUUGGUUACAGGUGAUAGACACAGAAUCCACGUUCUGGACAGACAGGGGAGGGAAGCACGUGUUAUACAGGUAGAGGGGGCGGUGGAGAGCGAUGAAAACACGCUAGGGGUCGCUGUUGACGGGUUAGGAAGGAUCAUCGUAACCAUCGGGUACCAAGUGUUCGUGCUUCGAUCGAGCGGAGAAACGAUUUCACACUUCGGAGAGAAAGGCGGGGGGCGCCACCAGCUUCAGUCCGAACUCAGGGUUGCAACAAACAGUCUAAACCAUAUUGUUGUCAGUGAUUAUGUCAACCACAACGUGAAGAUUUUCGAUCCAGCGGGCCGCCAUCUUCGCACGUGCGGGGCAUUCGGCUCGGGGGACGGCCAGCUCAACCGCCCCGAGUGCGUCAUCACUGACGUCAACGAUGACGUCAUCGUAGCGGAUUGUCGCAACAACGGGGUUUCACAGUUUAGACAGGACGGGUCCUUCGUGAGGCACAUCGUGACCAGGGGAACUCUGCUCCGACCAAUGGGACUGACCAUAACACACGACGGGCGGGUUGUAGUUUGUGAUCGCCAGUAUGACAGAGGGUGUAUCAAGAUCUUCUCUCUUCACUGAUGCAUCUUUUAAGUGUGUCGGAUAGUAGUCGGGAAGUCGAGUUAUAGCAGGUGACCGUACGGGAAAGUAACGCAUAAAUUAUCAUACUUUCCGUCAAAAAGAAACAAUGGAAUCUUGCAGAUGGACAAUGGAAUUUAAGUAAGGCUUAAGCUGAUACUAG